AUUUAGUGUGAUUUUCGUUAAAAAACUUUAAAAUCUCAUCGAAAAUUAUGGGAUUUGAAUUUUUUAUUUUUAUAACUAAGAAACCUAUUUAAAACACCCUAAAAACAUUUAAAACACUCUAAAAUCUUUAAUUUAAAUUUUGUUCAAUAACAAUGGAUUUCAAUAUAUUUGUUAAAAUGACAAGUUCAAUAAUACUGGAGUUUAAAAUGUUUUUUUAAAAAAAUCGUUUAAAUAACAAUGUAUCUGUCAUUUUAAUACAAAUCAUUUGAAACUCUUAGUUGAAUAUAACUCCUUAGAAUUCAUGCUAUAUUUCGAGACAUUAACUCGUCAAGAAACCUAACUCGUUAAGAAUAUGUCAUAUGCAGUUUUUUACGUACGAGUAUUGUACUAUAUUACAUGAAAGUGUACACUAGUAUAUAUUUAAAAAUAAAAAUCAAACUUCAGUUUUAUUAUGUACGAUAUUGUGUUCAUGACUUAUUUCCAGUAUGCCGGGGUGAACAAGAAUUGGGGAUCGGAUGCGGGGGAAAUUUCCGCCAAUGGCUGAGAUGUUCAGUCGACUCCUUCCCCCGGUUUUUUUUUACUUUUUUUUAUUGUUAUUGGUAUGCAAUUUUUUUUUUUUGCUAAACUGUAAAUAUCAUAUAAUGAAGAAAACAUUUUACGAAAACAAGAUUCUAAGUAUGCAUGCAAUUCAAUUAAACGAAUUAACAUCCGGCGUGGAAUAUUGAUGUAUCUUGCAACUUAAAUAAAGAAUAUUUUCUAGAUUUUAUUUAGCAAUCAAACGUGUCCCAAUUAUUUUCUCUCGAAACCUAUCACUCGUCGUCUUCAACUUUCAUCUCCGCCCCUCCUCUCCGGUGCCAUUAGGCACUGCGAGAGGGUCCGCGAUCGAUUCUCCCACAUAGUCCAUCUUCUUUUUCGUUGAGGUUUCCGUUGGUGAUGAGUCUCUGUUCUGCUAGUGGUCGUCUGCGAAUUUGUAGCUCCGGCUUCAGUUCCAUUCCGAGAUGGUUGUGUAGUGUCUUGGCUUUUCUAGCGACUAGGCCGGCGCUCUGCUGCUUCUCUCCACCGGUGAACGUCUAUCCUCUCCCAACAUCUAUGUUACUUCGACGGGGUGGCCCCAAACGUCGUUUCUUGCCAUCUCGAUCCAAGGUAAUCUGGGUAUGCUCUGCUGAGCUAGGGGUCCCGGGACCUCAAACUUCGUUGUUGAGUUGCUUCCUCAUAGAGUCAAGCUAGGUGAUCUGCUAUGAAUGAUGCUUUAAUUAGCUCUUAUUUUUCAACUUUUGUGUUGAUUGGCGUUGCUUGUGAGUCUGUAAUUGAUUUGUAGGUUUAAUCAAGUGAGGCUGUGGAGAUUCUUUGAUUGCAUGGAGCUUGGGGUCGCACCUUGUGGCUGGAGGAGGAAGUAAGACCCGGGAGGUGGUGAUGCUGCACCCUUACCCUUAACCGGCUGUGCGAUUGGGUGAGUUGAGCACUAUUAAGCACAUGUGGUACAUGUUGUUCCGUCUUUGCCGAAAUUAGGUUCAGAUCUUACCUAUCCCGGACUUUGAGGGCAGUCCUUGAGCGGGUUUGACUAUGUUUCUCUGAGAAAGGUAAUUGUUCAGGUUGUAGAUUGAAACAACUUCUUGCUAGCAUUGUGUUCUUCGAUCUCUAGUCUUCGGGUCUCUCUAUUCUUGUCCAUUUCGAUUCGACCUUUCAUCCAACUUUUCAAGAUUGUAUCGUAUAUGUUGUCAUAUUCGUCUCCACGCAGAACGGUUUCAGCUUCGAUAGUCAUUUGAUUACAUGUUUUUAAACUUUUUUGCCGUGUAAUCAAUCAUAGCGAUCUUACAACUUAUUUAACAACAUCUUGUAACCUCAACGUUCAUUUUCUAAAUGAUAUUUACGUUAGAAGAAAAAAAGAAGAGAUUUUAUUUAGCCAAAAAACGGUUGCUUCAAGAAUGUCAUAUCACAAUCACCUUUUGACAUGCGUAAUUCUCAAUUGUAGACACCUGAUUUUGUGUAUUGAUUUCUUCAUGUAAUUUCCAAUAUAAUAAUCCUGAAAAUAUAUCCUGAGAUUCAACGCACAUAGAUAGUUAAUCUUUUCUUUUGCAUUUAUUUCCCAAUGUACAAAAAACAUGAUCAUAAAAACCUUGAGAUUCGACAACGAUAGUCUUUCUAUUUCCACUUAAUUCUAAAAAUAAAGAAAAUCAAUUAUUUGUAGGACCAAAAAAAGAAGAGAUCCAUUAGAAAGGAUAAAUUUGAGAGAAAUCAAAUCUUAACGGAACUUUAUGUAAUUUGUAGAAAGUAAAAACUAACACGCGCUAGCCACGGAAGGACCUUAUCCACGCGUUUAUUUAUAUAUUCCCAUAAGCUCUCUCUGUUUCUCUCUAAUCAACGUGCUCCGGUGCGGUGUCAGAUAAAAACCGACGACCCCUCGGCGCCCAUAAACCUCCUUCUCAUCUCCGUCUUCUUCGGCUACCAAAUUUACCAUUUUACCCUUCUCUUCCAUUCCAAGUAAACCCAAAUUCUCUCUUUCUCCUCCUCCUCACAAAUUCAAAUUCUCUAUUUGCUGAUUCUCUCCGACACAAACCUCUGUUUCUUUUUUUCUUCUUAUUCGUUUACUUUCUUUGCGAUUGUCGCUACAUUCAUGGUCGUUUAGAUUUCUCCGGUUGCUAUUAUUAGCCGGUGGGCGGUUUUGAUUCGAUUCUAAUCAAUUUGAGCUAUGUCUCUCUCUCUCUCUCUCUUUCAGUGAUUUUGAGAUCAAUUUUGAUGUUUAAUCGGAGAGAUUAGAGUGCAAUCAAUCGGGUGUUAAAGAUGGGGAAUGGUGAAGAAACAAAAUGUGUUUUCCCAUUGACGAGUCUCCAGAUCGGUAUAGACGCUCCCCUUUUGCAAACAAAGGUCGAGAAGAGAAGAAAAAGCAGAACCAGGAGGAUGAUGAGGAGGAGAAGUUGCCUAAAGAGAACAUUAAGAAAACGGAUAACCUUAAGAAAUGGUUCUCCUUGAUCGAUGCCACGACGUUUUCUAACAAGAAAUUGCCUGCAAAGAAACUGGACGAGACCUUUUACGGUUUCAUCGUCUUUGAAGUUGAAUGGGCCAAUGUGAGGGGUAUCAGUUACUUGAAUGAGCUACAGACAGACACUUCUCUUGCUAUAGAAGCUAAGAUGAUGCGAAGGUGGGAGUUUGAGAGUAUCGAUGAAGCUGCAACAAAUAUGUUUCAAUGGUUCUCUGGAUCAAAAUCUGAAAGGCCUUGCUUGAGGGAAUAUCUUGAUCCAUCCAAAGGAGAUGUUUUUCAUGACGCUUCAGUGGAUUUCCCAAAAGCUUCUCCUGUUGAUGAUGAAGUGGAAACUGACUCUCCUUGCUGUUCGAGAAGUGUCUUCAGCGUUGACCACUCUAUUGCAGAUUAUGAUGAAAAUGAUCCCCACACACCGCCUCUCACUGGACCAUACAAGAGAAGAAGAGUAAGUAAAGCAAUCACAAACGGAGUUGAACUUGACUAUAUGGAGGAAACACCCAGAAGAAAAGACAACUCGUUCGACCACUGGGAAAGCCAUGUCCCUGAUGGUGAUGAGACCAUCAUCGAAGCAACACAGUAUAAAGACGUCCUAGUUCUCGUUAGGUUUGGCGACCGUGACCUCCCCUUCAAACUCCGAGAGGUUAUAAUGUCAGACAUACGCUUGCUCACUCUACUCGAAGCUAAUCUCCCUUCUUGGGUCUUGUUCCUCCAGUCUUACCCUUGCCUUUGCCAUCUCUACCGUCCCUGGAUGUGUCUUCUCGCCAGAGCGCUCUACGUGAUGAUAUCAGUCAUCACCGUCGUGAUCGGCUUCUACGACCUCUACAAGAACGUCCCCGUCCUCAAAGCCACCGCGUCGCGUCUCUGCGGACCGCUCUUUGACUGGGUCGAAACGUGGGACAUGGUGUCGAGGAUAAAGUACUUGGGGACGAUGCUGUUUCUCCACAACGUUCAGAAAGCUGUCAGGUGGGGUCUGACGAUGGCGCGUGGGAUGCAGUCGUUUGUCUCUUUGCUCGUGAUGCCUCUGGCUAAUCCUCUUUUGGAGGUUCUUGGUUUGCUCCUGCCGCUGUGGAACUCGCUUGCGGAGACGGUGUUGAGUUUGGUCUCGGUGGUUUGGAUAGUGGUCGAGUCUGGUUGCAACCUCGUUGGUGAUGUGGUGGAAGUGGUGCUUUUGCCUGUUUGGUUGGUCGUAUCAGUAGUUUUGAACAUCAUAAAUACUGUGUUGCUGCCUCUAUUUUGGAUCUUAUGGGAAGUGUUAUAUGCACCGAUCAGGGUGGUUGCUGCAUUGUCCAACGGUUUAGCUUUAUCCUUCUCGUACGUAUUCGAUGUUCUCGGAGACUUGUGGCGGUACAUGAGCAGCUUAGUGCAGUUUGCAUCUGAUUCUCAAGCGGCUGUGAAGACUUAUGAAGUCUCCAUGUGGCGUACGCUUUGGAACGAUCUCUUCUCUCAUGUUUUUCGUGCUGUCAGGAGCAUAUUAAACGGAUUUGUAGCCUUCUUUGCUGCCUGUAACAAACAUCGGCUUAGUAUAUAUAACCACAUACAAGACUUUAUCAAGAGACUACGUGGACGAACGUCGAGAGCAGAGUCUAAAGACUCAAAACAUGACAGGUCUAAGAACCAUCAACGUACAGGAGAUGAUACGAGAAGGAAGUUGCACCUUGCAUAGAAGUCAACACCAGAAUCUUGAUUCUUUUUAAAAAAAAAAAACCGGGAAUGAUAGGUUGUCAGUGUAUAUAGAUAGAGGUUUUACUUUCCACGUGAAUAUUUUUGUUGCCAGAAAACAUGAGUCCCUAAUCAGCCAAAGGAUGAUGUAUAUAUACAUACUACGUACUAAUGUAUAUAGAUAGGAUUGAAAGGAAACAUUUGAACACCUUUACUCGGA